ACGUUUUCGGCGUUCCGCCGUACACAUACAUGGUUUUUGAUAUUUUCGUGCUGUCGUUACUCGUGCGUGGACUAACUCGACACAGCCACCAGCAAAGGUCGGAUAUUCUUGUUUACUAUUAUUAAAAAAUAAUCAAUCGUAACAAAUAAUAAUAUUGCGUUCGAAUCAUGUUGAAAGCAGUUGCCUUCGAGUCCAAAUCCGUUUGCAUGUAAAAUCCAUCUUUGACAAACGAAAAACCUGAACAUUUUCAAACGCAGUAUUGGGUCUCAGGUUCGUAAAUAAAAUGAUCUCGCUCCACUUGCUCUUGGUGGCGAUUACUUUUUCCGCAUCUCAUUCAAUUGAAAUAAACCCCAAGAUAUAUUUAAAUAACGUCGAAUGCAUCGUAGAUAUUAGUAGCCAAUUGGUAAAAGGAGAAUGUCGGUUGUCUUUGGAAAACAACGGCGAUAAACCAGUUAAUUCCAUUUUAUAUGCAUUCGAACCAUCUUUUAAAAGUCAUAUUUCUUAUGUAUCUGCCCGUCAAGUAUCCGAGUCAAAUCGUUUGGGUUUGACUGUCAAACCUGUGACAGUCACCGGACAUCAUGACAAACAAUUUUAUCAAAUCGAUUUUAAUGCAUCUCGUCCGUUGAGGUCUAAAGGCCGAACUCCAAUUGUGGUCCAAUACAUAUUGAUUAAUGCUUUGAAUCCACAUCCCGAAGAAAUAACUCAGAAGGAUAGACAACUAAUGAUGUUUUAUGGAAAUGCAUUUUUUUACUCGCCCUACAAAAGUUUGAAGUCUUCCAUUAAGUAUCAGACAGGAACAAGACGUGUGGAAGAGUAUACUAAUUUGAAUCCAGUGACGCAAAGUUCGGGUGAUAUUAUUUAUGGCACUCACGGACCAUUGGAACCUUUUUCGUAUUCUCAAAUCAAUAUUCAUUACGAUAACAACAGUCCGUUUUUAAAAGUUACUAAACUGACGAGAACCAUCGAAAUAUCUCAUUGGGGAAAUAUAGCCGUUACGGAAGUAAUCGAUCUCGUCCAUCACGGUGCAAAAUUGAAAGGUUCGUUCUCUCGUUAUGAUUAUCAACGUGAAACCACCAAUGGUAUAGCCAGUGUGAAAUCUUUUAAAAUGUCUCUUCCGGCUUCGGCAAGCAGUGUAUAUUACCGAGACGUUAUCGGUAAUAUAUCUACCUCGAAUCAAAGAACGCUUUUGGAUUCUGUUGAAUUAGACAUUCGUCCUAGAUUCCCUCUCUUCGGCGGAUGGAAAACUCAUUACACUAUCGGCUACAAUGUACCGGCUUACGAAUACUUGUCUAGCAAUGGCGACGAUUACAUUUUGAAAAUGCGUUUAAUAGAUCAUCUGUACGACAACAUGAUAAUCGAAGAUGUAACAGUAUGCAUUAUUCUUCCCGAAGGCUCAUCGGACGUAGAGCUGCAAACGCCUUACCCGACGUCUCGUUUGCCGGACGGUCUGCAUUACACUUACUUGGACACUAUCGGAAGACCCAUGCUGAAAGUGCAAAUGUCGAACGUCGUAGAAAGUCACAUUAAGGAUUUCGAACUGAAAUACAAAUUCCCAAAAGUAUUCAUGUUCCACGAGCCGUUAAUUGUCAUCGCUGCUAUUUUUAUUUUAUUCCUCACCGUAAUCAUUUGGGUACGUCUGGACUUUUCUAUUGCCAAAGACGAGCACAGCGAAACUCGCCAACGUGUAUCCGGUUUGGUCAACGCUAUUAUCCAACACGUUGAGAAGAGAGCAUCUGUGUAUGCGUCGUGGGAAGACAGUUUAAAUAAAUUGAAACAUUCCAAAGACGUCAACGCGUACAACGCAGUUAUAAAACUGAUUCAAGCGGAUUACAAGAACGAGUCAAGUAGUAUUAACGAAUUGGCGAAUAAGUUAAAGGGAGAAUCGAACGAGUUAGCCGAUAAAUUGAACGAGGCACAAAAGGUGGAAAAAAAUUUGAAAGACAUUUUUGGGCAAGUUCAAUCUCUGUACGUCGAUAAGCUUAUUCCGGGCAAAGUAGGAAGAAACCAAUUUGUCGACACAGACAAUGGAUUGAAAAGAAAAAAGGACGAACUCCAAGAAAAAAUCAACCAAUUAUUAAAAUCAUUUUAUUAGAACAAUACUGCAAUGUAUACUGUUUCUUUCCUUUUUUCUAUGAAUUUGGCUUUAUAGUUAGGUUUAUUCAUUAAUAAUUAUUCGAACACGUGUUCUAUAAAAUCAGUUUUAUUCUUACAAUUUUUUUUAAUUGUACCAGUAACUCUUAUCAUUACUUGCACUUCUUUAAUAAAAAAAAAAAAUUAAAUUAGCCUAAAUUUCCAAGAAUAUAUUUCUACUUAAAAUACCAAAAAUAGAACAAAACCAUUUGUA